CAACAAUUUGGCGUUGGAAGGCACUUGUCGUACCUUACUGUUUCAUAUUUCGUUGAGUUUAGAUUUGCUAUUUUACCGUUUUAUAACCUAUCCUAAAGUUCUUUUGUCCAACUUAUUUUACUGUGAAGUUUCUCUAUCAAAUUCUAAGGAAAGUAAAGUUGGUUUAUCUACAUUGCCGUUUUAUUGAAGAAUCAUCUUACGUGUAGACAAGAUGUUUAUUAUGCCAUCUACUCACCAACAAUACUUAAGGGAUAGAGGUUUGACAACUGAAAUUUAUGCAGCAAUGGACAGUGAUGACUAUGCUGAUGUGGUUAUGGCAGCUUUUCAAGCACUUGAAAAGAGUGGUGGCUUCCCACGCAUACCCAGAGUUUAUAAAUGUGAAACAAAAUCUAAUGAGUAUCGUGAUGUUGGCAACCUCGCAUUUAAAACGGGAAAUUACAAUGAAGCACUAGAAUGCUAUAAUCGAGCACUUAUGUAUGCCCCGAAUAACUCCAGGGCAAUGAAGCUUGCAUACAGCAAUAGAUCUGCUGUUUUUCUAAACAGGAAACAAUUUCAUGCUUGUAAAGUCGACAUAGAUCAUUGCUUUCAACUUGGUUGUCCAUCAGAUAUUAUUGAAAAAUUAAAGAAAAGAAUGGCAUCGGUUAAACUGUUAAGUGACAUAGAAGCACAAGCUAUGUUAGAAUUAAAAGGUAAAUUUGCUGAUAUUUUUAAGUUGGGAACUGAGCGAAAUCCUCAAAUACCUUGUGUUAGUGCCAAUGUCGAAGUUGUUAAGAAAGAUUCUUCUGUAAAGAUAGUUGCAGCAAAAGACAUUAAGGUUGGAACCCUUCUAGCAUUGGAACCGUCAUUUGUAAGUUGUAAUAAUGAAGAGAAUGUUGCUUUUUCUUGCCAUUACUGUCACAAGAUGUCAUUGAACCUUAUCCCAUGUGAUAGAUGCUGUUUUGUUAUGUUCUGUGAUGAGAAAUGUAAAAAGCUUUGCUUUAAAGAUUUUCAUAGCAUCGAAUGUCAAAUUAUGGAACUAAUUGAGAAACAUAUUUGUAGUCCAAUGGCAAAAUUGAUGGUCAAAGGUGCUAUUAAAAUUGUACAACUGUGUGAGUCCUGGGAAGAGAUAAAAACAAUUUCACAUUGCACAGGAUCAAAAAGAAUAAGCACUGCUUCAGUGCAGGAAAUGUUUGAUGGUGGAAAUAAGCUUUCUGUGCUUUGUUAUAAUGAUGAUAAGCUGUUUGUACAUGGAAGCAUGUAUGUGGCCAGUUUCUUCUGUGCAACAAUAAUUUAUUAUUUAGAAAAAGUGCCAGACUUUUUCCCUCGUUUAUUAGGAGAAAGGAAAACGGCGAGGGAAACUCUGGGACGGCUCCUAAUGUACUUUGCAUUGUAUGCUGAACCUACACAAGUUGUAUUAACCGUAAGCAACAGAAUUUCAUCAAUUACGUACAGCCAUCCGCAUAUAAAUCACGGAUGGUAUCCAUUCGUCGGAAAAUUGCGGCAAUCUUGCAAUCCUAAUGUCAUUGUUUCAAAUUUGAACAAAACUGCUGCAUUGAUAGCAUCACAACCUAUCGAAAAAGGAACGGAGUUGACUGUUUCUUACAUGGGUCAUUACCAUACACUAAAUAUUGAUGUACAUGCAAAAAAUUGCAUAUCAUUUGUAAAAACUGGAAAAGUUUGCAAUUGUGAAAUAUGCAAUGGCAAUUGGAAAUUGCAAACCAACAAGAGUGUGUUAACAGAAAAACAACGCAAAAUGUACAAUAAUAAGUUUCGGCCAAUAAUGAACAACGCGGACUUUACCAAAAUACAUGAAUAUCUUUCACAAUUGUCUGAAGUGAUGACUUGUUUAAAUAAUGUGCCUUUCUCUGAAGAAUAUAAAAAUGUUUUUACUAUGUUUCAUAAAUGCAUAUUAGCAUAUGAGGAAAGUAAAGGCAACCUAGUUAUAGAUUAGAUUAAAAAAUUUGUCUAUCCCAGAUUUUUUUUUUUCACAUCUCCAAAACUAAACCCCCCUUGAACCGCCGGAAAUUAAAAAAAACACCUCCUCGCUGCUCAUUGAUUCCAAUAAAAUAGAUAAUCAUACUAUUAAGUGAAUGUUUAGAUGGAUGUUUGUAUGAAGGUAUCUCC